CAUGGGGAUGUGAAACUCACUCCUCAGCCUGAAGUAUCUCCACUUGCGCCGCCGAAUAGCUAGCUUUUCACAUGGAUCGACUGGUAAGACCCCAGUAGGGUGGUCUCGUGUGCUAGCAAGGCAGAGUUCCUGGGUUCAGAGUUUGGUUUGAGCCGAUGGAAGCAAUACUCACUAAGCAAGCAGCGUGAUGUCCAUUACACACGCACAAUGUAAGCUAAAUACAUGCACGUGAUGCAUGUGUACUAGCCAAGCUCAUUCAGGUGUUUACAUGGUUUUGCGUCUGUUGGGUGAUAUAAAUCAUAAUGGCAGUAAAAGUAUGGAACAGGUGGACAUCUGGCAAAGUUUAAAGGACAGUUUCUGGCUAUACAAAGCAAAUGACAAAAAUGUCUAAGGUUGUUUGAAAAUAAAAGAUAGCCGCACACUCUAGGAGCUCAGAUGCAAAAUUGUAAUUACCAACGUUUCAACAGCCAAGCUGUCUUCAUCAGGGUAUUGCUAAGUUUGUAACAUUGGCUAAAUAACAGCUAUAUGCACUGAAAUAAUAUUCCUUCCUUGUUCAGACAUCUGCCUGAAGAUGACAGACAGCCACAACCUUCACAGCCAGUUGGAGCAUCUUCAAUCUAAAUACAUUGGAACAGGCUUUGCGGACACCAGGAAGUGGGAGUGUUUGGUGAACCAACAUCAGGACUCAUACUUUUCAUAUAUGGGUCACUUUGACCUGUUGAAUUACUUCUCUGUUGCUGAGAACAAGAGCAAAGCCCGAGUGCGCUUCAAUCUCAUCCUGUGUCCCACCUUCGGACAAACCUGACAAUUCCUAGGCUAAGGAUUUAAACUGAGAAUAUGUAGAACUUUGUGUUUUUACUGUUCGGCUGUCUAAAUGUAUCCAUUGUUGAUAAGAAGCUUGAGGCUCGAGAUACAUGACACGGAAGGAAUG